AUGCAAUCACAUCUUCAUCCCCUUGCAGAUGAAUCUGUCGUUCCCAGUCCUUCGCAUUUAAUUGAAGCGACGACUUUUCUCUCUGCCAAGGACGCUGUGAAUUUGGAACGACUGGAAUUUCUUGGUGAUGCUUUCCUCAAAUACGCCGUCACAAUUUCCGUCUAUAGUCGUUUAGAAAAGGAUGCGGAUGAGGGCAAACUAACGUUAGCACGCAUUAAACUUAUUUCUAACCAAUAUUUGUACAAAAUGGCACAACUUCUGCAGCUGACUAAUGGUGUCUACAUGACGACAUGCCGCUUUGAUCCUAGUGUCGCCUAUCUCCCGCCAUCGUACAUUGUCGAUCCUAAGACAAUGGACUUGGAUACAUUUUCAAACGUUUCUCCGGCAUCGUAUUCGGCCUCAUCAGUGAGCUUUGCCAUUCUCCGCACCAAGCUACGAACUCGUCAGAGAGACAAGAGAGAUAACAGGGGUUUGAUCAAGGAGACGGCCCGUUAA